AUCGCUUACGUUAGAGGCAGUGCGCCGCAAAAAUACGGAAAACAGAAAAUUGCUAUUUCGUCUUCAGUGCGUGUUAUGUUGAAAACGUUAUUCUGGAGUUUUUAUUAAGAUUUCUGACCAACGUUUUGACUAGCGACCUGAAUGUUGCAGACACAGACGCAACUGACCAGAACCAAAUCGGAACUAAAGUUUACAUGAGUCAAACGGAGUUUGACCAAUGGAGAUCACACCCAAAGCAGCCAAAUUACCGUGUGCGUAUUCAUCACCUUAUUCAGCCGAGUCAAGCCCUUCCGAGUUUAAAAAAGAAAAGCAUCGUUCUGGGCUGAGUGCCUCACUAAGGGAGAGGCUGAAGAGAACACGGCGCUCCUUCAUCUCACCCCUCUCUGUAGCCAAGCGCCUUUGUGUUGACAGUGAAGAGGAGGAUGGCAAUCAGGUUUCAGCAGACUGCCAGGAGACUGUCAUCCACAGUGUGGAUGCAAACAGGACUGAAGUGAAGCUGGAUGGUGAGAAAUUAUCUGGACCUGCUCCCCAACCAGCACAAAUCAACUUAGAAGAUUUAGCACUGCAGCUGAGGAAGGAGGUGAAAGAGAAAACGGAGACUCUGCGUCGGCUCAAGUUGGUUAAAAUGUACCGAAGCAAGAACGAUUUGACACAGCUCCAAACCUUAAUUGACAAGUGGCGGAGUUGUGCUCAGGCCGCUCUGUAUGAGCUCCAGUCAGAGUUCCCCGUAGAGGGAAGAAAGGCUGACCUGUCCGAGCUCAUUGACCUCUUUGGCCUGGAUGACCGUAUUCUGUGCUUUGACCGUGCAGAGGGGGACUUCACUACAUAAUACCAGAAGAAGUAUCUUAAGUUCAACAAAGACACCACAAAGGAGUUAACACAAAUAAUUCUAUUUAUUUUUAAUUCUUGUUCCUGGUCACAGCAGAUGUAGAUGUUUUGUUAAUUAGCAAAGAAAUGUAUAAAUAAAAUUGUUGUUCAUGA